GGUGCUUAUUUUUAAAGCUUAAUAAUUUAAUUGCGUAUGUUUUUUACACUGUCAUAUAAUAAAUAUAAUACUCACGUAAUUCGAUAUUAUAAGAUUAAUUUAUUUUAUACAAAAAACGUUUAUAUGAUAUACUAUAAAGCUAAAAACCAUGCAACCUUUACUUAAUACAAAAGGUGAUAUUCAAAUAGAUUUAAAUCAAGUUAAGAUUGACAUAUUACAUGGUAUUCGGGAAUGCAACGAUCGUGGCUUAAUACAGACAGUGAAAUGGCUCUCAGAAUUAAACUAUGCACUAAAAGAUCAUAAACUUUCUCAUAAUAUUGAGAUUCCUAAUUCUUCUGACGACGGAAUUAUAGCAGAAGAAAAAGAAGCUUAUACCUUAGCGAAAAGUUAUUUUGAUUGCCAAGAAUACGACAGGGCUGCGCAUUUUAUUGAAAACUGCACUAGUCCCAAAUGUGUGUUUGUGCAUAGAUAUUCACAAUAUAUGUCCAGUGAAAAAAAGAGAUCUGAUAAUGCAACCGAUACAGGAUCAGAGAAUACUGAGUCAACUCAAGUAUUACUCGAUCUGUUAUCUUUUUUUAAGGCUAAUCGUAAUUCUCUUGAUGGGUACCUAUUAUACUUGGAAGGAGUAGUUUUAAAGAAAUUAGACUUAAGAAGUCAAGCAGUAACAGUACUGCAGGCUGCUGUAGCUGCUGCACCAACACUUUGGGCAGCAUGGGUAGAACUUGCAGGCCUGGCUAAUGAAUAUGAGGCUUUAGAUUCUUUACAAUUACCGAAACAUUGGAUGAUGUACUUCUUUGCUGCACAUGCUUUUGUAGAAUUAAAAUUAUCAGAACAAGCUCUGGAAGCAUACAUGGUUCUAGCUGCAGCAGGGUUUGAAAAAAGUACUUACAUAACUGCUCAGAUGGCUAUUGCACAUCAUGAUAGAAGAGAUGUAGAUUCAUCACUAGCACUAUUUAGAGAUUUAUACCAAAAUGACCCUUACCGUUUAGAUAAUUGGGAUGUAUACUCUCACCUCUUGUACCUCAAAGAAAAAAGAAUGGAAUUAGCAAAUCUAGCACAAAAAGCUGUUUCUAUUGACAAGUACAGAGUUGAGACAUGUUGUGUUAUAGGUAAUUAUUACAGCCUAAGGAGUGAACAUCAAAAAGCAGUUUUAUAUUUUCAAAGGGCCUUAUCGUUGGAUCCCCAGUACUUAUCAGCCUGGAUUCUUAUGGGCCAUGAAUUCAUUGAGUUGCAAAACUCAAAUGCAGCAAUACAAUGUUAUAGACAAGCUAUAGAUGUAAAUAGAAAUGAUUAUAGAGCUUGGAAUGGUCUUGGGCAGGCUUAUGAAAUAUUAGGUCUAAACGGUUAUUGUAUAUAUUACUAUUCAAGAGCAGCCCAGCUAAAACCAGAUGAUUCUAGAAUGUUAGUGUCUCUCGGAGAAGCUUAUGAAAAAAUGGAUAAAAUUCCUAAUGCCCUUAAAUGCUAUUAUAAAGCUCACAGUACAGGAGAUAUUGAAGGCAUGGCAUUAUUCAAAUUGGCAAAGCUGUACGAGAAGUCCAACAUGCCGAACAGUGCGGCGGCGGCGUACACAGCGGCGUGUCAGGAGCCCGCCAACGCCGGCAGCAAAGAGUUACCUGCGGCGCAGCGCUACCUCGCGCAAUACUAUCUUCGGUUCUCGCUGCUUGACCACGCCUCUCAUUAUGCUUAUAAAUGCCUCGAGCAUGAAAGUACCAAAGAAGCUGGAAAAAACAUACUAAAAACAAUAUCAGAAAAACGGUUAGCUGCAUCUACCUCUUCACAAACUACAAGUUUACCUGAAGACUUACCAGAAGCGAUCAAGAAUGCUUCCACAUCUAUAAUGCAAGACACUCCCAAAACCCCAUUCCCGAGUCCCAAUGUUACACCAGACAACUUUUCAACGCCCAUGUUUUCACGUAAAAACAGUAAAUAUAAAAUGUGACAAAUAAUUUUCUUUAAAUGCAAAAUGUAAUAGUCAGAUAUUUCAGCUACAAUAAACUGUUUACAUAAAUGUA